GGACUCGUCAACCAGAUUCAUGACCACGGACAUCCAGAACCUCAAGUCCUUCGACCCGUUCGCGGAGGCCGAAGACUCAGUCGGCGACGUCAAGACAACUAGUCAGAAUUACAUUCACAUCCGUAUCCAGCAGCGCAAUGGCCGCAAGACGUUGACCACGGUCCAAGGCCUGCCUAAGAAAUUCGACCAAAAGAAGAUCCUCAAGGUGAUCAAGAAGAAGUUCGCCUGCAAUGGCACCGUCGUCACCGACAGCGAGAUGGGCGAGGUGAUCCAGCUGCAGGGCGACCAGCGCAAGGAUGUCCAAGAGUUCCUCACCGACAAGAAGGAGGGGCUGGGCCUCGAUGCCAAAACCAUAAAGGUCCACGGUUUCUAAGAAGCCUCUGCCGACGCGCGCAGCAUCCCCGCCGUCACCGUUGCCGCUCAAAACAACAGGGCUUUGACCCCGAUAACGAUAUUGAGGCGGCUGGUCACAAGGCUGGAGGCACAGUCAGCCGCGGGGUUGAUCAUGCGGCGCCGCGCCGGUAGAUACCCAUUUUGUACGACUCUUUCCUCACGACUUAGGCUCUGCUUUGGGAAUGCGACGGAAGGAGGACACGUAUUUCUCUCGAGUCAUGUUUUUUUCACUCGGAAUAUGACUUAUGGUUUGCAAAUGGCGGGCUUGUGUAGAGCAGCCGCCUGCCCCUGGGGGCCAGCCUUCUCGAUAAUCAAAUUAACAGGUUCGCUAUGCUAUGCGC